AUGGCGGCGUCUGAGACAAGGCUCUCGCCAGUUCGCGCCGCAACCCAACCCAACCCACGCAGCCGUUUUCAUCGCCCGCCGGGGGCGCCAGCGUCCACGGCUGACCCGACACAGCGCGAGAAAAAAAACCCCACCGCGACCGGCCAUGUGUGGAGGGAUGGAGGGGUCGUGAGACGGCUUCAGGAAUCGCACCCUGAUGCGUGUUGUCUUGGACUGGGCAAAGUCAGUGUUUCUUGCGCUGUCCCCUGA